AUGGCAGCGACUACGGACGUGUUGCGCUGGCGGCUGCGGGGCUCUUCUACGAGCACAACGCCUGUUGGUUUGGCUCUUCCCGUGUCGUGCGGGGAGCUGCGUGUACACCUGAAGGAGCAGAUGGGUGUUGCUGCACUAACAGCCAUUGAUUUGCUGCUGUCUCUUGAGGGAGCUGCGGAUGACGUGCUGCCUGACAGCAUGCUGUUGCACCAGCCUCUGUGCGUUCUUGUGCAGCGGAAGCCUGCUGCUGCUGCUGCUGCUGCAUUGAGCGAGGCGGAGCUCAAGUACCAGCGGCAAAUGCAGGAACAGCAGCAAAGGCAGGAGCAGCAACAGCAGCAACAGCAACAGCAGCAGCCACCAAACUCGCAGCUGCAGCGGAUAACAACAGCGAGCCGAGCAGCCGCUGCAGCUGCCGUUGCAGCAGACGGCGUUGGGCCGGCUGUUGCUGUUUCUUCCGCGGCAGCUGCUGGCAGCAGCGACAGCAGCACUGGUCUUGUAAGCGAUGACUACACCCAGGGAGCAGCAGCAGCAGCAACAGAGGAAGAGCGGCUGCUUUUGCAGGCAGUUAUGGAUGUUCAUGACUCUCGCAAGGGCUUCCUACGUGCAGACAGCACCAGCAGCAGCAGCAGCAGGAGGGGGCCUGGAAGCCACAACCUGAUGUGGGUAAGGAAUCAAGAUGAAGGCAGCAACGGCAACAGCAGCAGCAGCACAAAUUAUUAUCGCGGUUAUCCUGGAGGCAAUGCUGCGGCUGCUGCUGCUGCUCGCCAGCAGCAGCAUGUAUCAUACUACCAGCAGCAGCAGCAGCAGCACUAUGCAGCAGCAUCAACAGCAGUUUCUGCUGAUUACAUCUGCCAUAUGUGUGGGGAGAUGGGCCAUCAUAUCAAGAAUUGCCCAAAGUCUUCCGAUGCAAAACAGCAAAAAAAGAUCAGACCCGCAACAGGAUUGCCAUCGUCGUUUUUGCGAGACAUUUUGCCUUCUGAAAUACACAAGUACCAGGAAGUGUACAUAAAAAAGGACGGCAGUUUUGCGGUGUUGAAGACAGCAGCGAUAGGGGGGUUGUCUCUGUUGGGAUCGUCUUUAGAUUCUCGUAUCCAGCGACAUGUGGGGGGAGCGGCACAUCUUAAGUGCGGCUGCUGCAACUCCAUCUUUAAGGCACCCACACUGACACCGUGCUGUGGGGAGACCUUCUGCAGAGCAUGCAUUGUGCUGUAUUUGCAGCAGCAUCCUGCUGCUCCUAGUGCUGCUGCUGCUGCUGGAAGCAGCAGCGCAACAGCAGGUGGACUGGCGGGACACUGCCCGGGGUGUAAUGCUGCUAUUGCUGCAGCAGACUUAGCUGCUAACACGGUGCUGCAGCAGAGUGUUGACACUGUUACCUGCAGCAAUACCACUCGCUGGACUUGGCAGCAGCAGCAGCAGCAACAAGACGCAGCAGCAGCUGGUCCUGCUGCUGCAGCGAGUGUAGUUAAGAACGAAAAUCCUCAGCCGGGAUCAAUUGCUGAUCUGCUAUCUAGGAGAUCCGUCUCCUCGGAAACAGGUGAAGACUCAAAAGCAGCAGCUGCGACAUCAGCAGCAGCAAUGGCAGCAACGGCAGAAACAGCAGCAGCAGAAAGUGCAGCUGCAAAUGGUGAGCCUACGUCCCUUUUUAAGGUGAAGGAGGAACAAACAGAUGCCUCACUAACACCAGCUGCAUCCGCUGCAGCAAAAGCAGCUGCGACACGGACACAACCCGCGUCUUUGCUACAAGCGAAGAAAGAAGAACCGGACCCAGUACCCAGGACGCCAGCAGCAGCAGCAACAGCAACAGCAGAAACAGCAACAACAACGGCAUCACAAAGCGAAGAAGAGGCACUUCCGGAUAUAAGUGAUUUGCUGCAUUUCAAUAUUCCAGUGGAGCAAAUCAUGGAGCAGCACCGCAUAGCAGAAAUACAAAUCAAAGCCUACAGAGAGAAACGAAAGGCAGCUGUGGCUUUGGAGACAGCCUCCUGA